AUGGUGAUAUCACUCAGAGCCAACAUGGCCGCCGCAUCCGGGACGUUGUUGCUGCUCAUUACUGAUGCCGUGCAUCAAGCUUUACUUCCUGUAUAUUACCUGUUUACCAAGGCAUGCUGGGAAAUCCUUGCAGCCACAGGGGAGCUUAGAACGCCUGUGGAGACCGGUCUAAACCAGUCCAGACCAGGAGGACCUGAGGGGUGGCCUCCCCUGAGGGUGGUCCAAAGUUCUGGUUUGUUUACAGUAGAAAUCAGCUGGUUCCCAGUCGAAGGUCCCGGUCCGGUCCGGUCUGGUUUUUCGGUCCGGUCUGGUUUUUCGCUCCUCUGCGGUUUCAGAGAUUUUCGGCUCGGACAGAAAUCAGCUGACUCAUCGUUUCAUUUGCACAGUUUGGAUGUUUGUUCAUGUGUGAAAAUAAAAGUCUCAUAAAAACUAAAAUCUACUUUUAUUUCAUUAAAAAACACAAAUCUGUCGGUCAGACAUCUUAGACUGUAUUUAUGACGGACAGCUUGGCUCCGCCUUCCUCCAGUAUUCCGAUUUAAAGCCGAAAAGUUCUCGGUAAUUUCGCGUUUUUUUCUCCACUUCCUGAAACCAACAUUGUGCAGAAGCGUUGUAGCCGCUGUGAUGACGCUCAUCUCAAACAGCGUAUCCCCCCGGGUGGUGAUUAAAAAAGAAAAAAUUGUAGGACAGCAGGGGAAUGUCCCGCCCUCUAUCGCCUCUGAUUGGCUAGAAGUGCUGGGUUCUGAUUGGUUAUUUCUAAUAACUGUGAAACGUCAUCGUCAGUCAGGUUAGGGUUAAGACAGAGCCGGCCCAAGGCAUUGGUGAACUAAACGCCUGCUUAGGGUCCUGUGGCCAAUAGGGGGCCCCCAAGAGCAGUAAAAAAGAAUAAUACUUUUUUAUUUUUUGCACAUAUGAGUGAUUUUUUCUGUCUGAUCAAAUAAAUAUUAUUGUAAAAAUAAAAUAAAAUCAUUUUAGUGCUGCUGCUGAUGUAGGCCGAUGAUUCUUACUAACUACCAUUCUCCUCCACCAGAGGGCGCUGUUCUCAGAGUGGCUUAAGGUCUGAGUCUAAGGAUCACUGUUUAACACAGUAUAUCACGACAAAAAUAAGGAACAUUGUCGGAGUAAUUUAUUCAUUAAUUUUGGGCCUUUUCGCGUUUUUAAAAACAUGUUCUGUUAUUCAGCUCGUUUUAAAAGUGAAACAUAAAAUAAAAAAUCCAUUUUUAUCCACGUCUAACACUUUAUCAUCGAACAGCAGGGGGCGACAUCCACUCUCCCCGGAGCUGUUUGACCCUCUUUAACACCAACGAAGAAGAAACGGUCCUUAGGAGUAGAAGAAGAAGUGGAGGAGGAGGAGCAGCGGUGUUAGUUUGGAGUUAUUUACCAUCAAACUUCUUUUAAACUUUGACAGAAACUCCUAAAAACACCAGAAUCAGGAGUUUUCAGCGGAGCUUUCUCCUCUCCGGAUCAGAGCCGGUGUUCCGGACCGUUCGGCGGGAUUCGGUGAGUUAAAGAGCGGGUUCGAUGUUUGUGGAAGAGCUAACAGCUAAGCUAACAGGCUAACUGACUGAUUUACCCCAAAAUAAGAGUAAAACUUUGAUAUUUAAAGAGUAAAAAAGAAGUUAAAAAAACAGCCAAAAUACUCUGAUUUAACAGCAGGAUUUAAACUAUUAACGGACAAUAAUUAUGAACUAUUUCAUGUUUGUUAAAGAGUUUUUCUAAAGUUUAUCAUAUAAACUGUUUAAACCCGGAGAGAUCAGGACGGGACCAGGUUCAUUAAAUUUACCAUGAAGCUCAAAAAGAGUCUAAAUGAAGAGAUUCAGACCCAGAAAUAAAAGAGUGAACUCAGACUGACCCCAGAUCAGCUGAUUAUUCAUUUAUAUUUAUCAGACUCUGUUUUUAUCAACAGUUUUGUCUGAUUCAGAGUCUCAGGGUUCAGAUAUGUUCGGUUAUAUUCAUCCUCUCUGCGGUCAAACAGCUGAAACAUCCUCCGGUGAACUCCUCUGAAACACUUUACUGACUUUACCGCCGUUUACUGAGGAGACUCCAGUCCUGAUUUACUGGCUGGUUUUGUUGAGGCUGUUUCUCCGGCUGCUCAGCUGAUGUUUCGACCUUCUCCUCCCUCCUGCGCUGUGAUUGGUCGACCUGCAGCUCGUGGAUAAUCCGGUUCGGUGUGAGAGGUCAGUAACUCUUUUGUUUUUCUCUCUUUUCUCAGAUCAAAAUGUUUUUCCUCAAGACUUUUCCUCGGAGUCGACCUGCAGCUCUGCAGCUCCUCCUCCUCCUCCGCCUGUCCUCCUCCUCCUCACACUCUGUACCCACUCUCACUCUGUUCACCAAGGUAACGACAGCUGAUGUCUCACUGUUUAACGUUAUUUAACUAACAUAGAUAUGAGUUACAUAGAUGUUGGUUUAUCGAGUCCCUCUUCUGGAACCUCCGGUUUGGUGGAGAUCAUCUUCCUCCAUGUUUCCCUCAGAUUGAGAUUAAAUUUCUGUUGACUCACCGGAUUAUUUUUAAAACAUGUUCGGUUCUAGAAUGUUGGAUUCUAGACUGUUUAGUUCUGGAAUGUUGGGUUCUUGAAUGUUGAGUUUUAGAACCCUACAUUCAAGAAUGUUCUAGGAGGUUCUAGGAGUCUGGGUUCUGGAAUGUUUGUUUCUAGACUGUUUGGUUCUGGAAUGUUGGUCGUGGAGGUCGCUGAGGUUUCUUAAAGAGACAGUAGCUGAAAUGAGGGUUUUCAAAGAGUCCAAUCAGAGACCAGGACAGAGUUCUGAGCUCCAGAUCCGGUACAGAGACUCUGGGUCUAUCAGAGGGGGGGCAGACUGAGUGAACUUAAUGAACGCUGACGCCCCUCCUCCACAUCCUUAAUGAUCUGAAAUGUUUCUUCGUUCUGUGACCCGGUUCUGUUGAUGUUGACCCGGUUCUGUUGAUGUUGACCCGGUUCCUGUUUUUGUGUUCUGUGUGUAGGACCCGUGUCCUCUGUGUGAUGAUGCUAAAGAAGAACUGGAACCGCUCAGACACCGGGUAAGACUCUCAUGCAUCACAGUUUCACGCUCAGAACCAGAACCAGAACCAGAACCAGAUUCUGGUUGUCCUCUCAGUGAGAGUCCCCCCUGACCCGGUUGUCCCUCCUCUCCUCUGUCCGUCUUCAGUUUGUUCUGCAGCAGGUGGACAUCACCCUCCCGGAGAACAAGCUGUGGUGGGACCGGUACCGGUACCACAUCCCUGUGUUCCACCUGAACGGACAGUUUGUGAUGAAACACCGAGUGGACCUGGUUCUGCUGGACAAACUGCUGACGGAGGUGGAGACAAAAGGACCCGAGGACGGUUCUGAAUGA